ACCAGAACAGAGCCAGCCAUGUCAUUGAUGAGCUGGAGCGGUUUUACCGGGAACAGCAACGGCAGACCAGCAAUGUCAUCCAGGCCGGGGGAGCACGAUGAAGCCAACCCAUGGCUGCGGCGGACCAGAUGGCCGGUGUACUUGACCAACAUCGCACCCAAUGAUCUGGUCAACUGCGUGCAGCGGCCCGACGAUGACACCACGUGCCCAGAUGAACUGGCCGCGAGGGCCAUCUGGGAGGCCAUGGGGCAGGUUGCCCGUACCAGCCAGCGAGUCAUCACACGGCUGGGCCACUUCGUCCGCAUCGAGGCCAUCCGCACAGAGCGACACCAGACCCGGCACACCCCGUUGCAGGCAUACAUGGACGAGGAGAGCAUCGCCGAGCACGUGAGGCCAUGGCAGCAGAUGUUGAUGUUUUUCGCCCGAACGCAGGUCGAGCAUGAAUGGACGAGCGCACAGUACCGGUUCACACCACGGCAGCGCAAGACAUGGAGGGUAUUAUGGCAGGUAGCCAACCGCAGAUGGUAG